AUGCCUCACUGUUGGGACACACAAAUUACUACACCAUCCAUCACUAUUACAAUUUAUCAUGUUCUUGCCACAGUUACCACAGAAUCUAUCCCUAUUCAUAUUUCAUUUCAGAUCCAAUAUCUGUUUGUCAUUUUCCUGAUAACUCUGGAUGUGAUUUGCUCAAAACCUCAAGAAGGUCCUUCUGAAGAUGAAGUAGUAGAAAAAUUUGAAGAAAUUAAAGCAACAAAAGAAUUUCAAAAAGCUAAAGAAAAAGUUAUAGAAUCAUUAUCAGAUAGAAUUGAUAAAUAUGUUCUGGACCAUUUUCGUAAAAAUCAAUAA